CUCGUCAGCCAGCCCGGUUUGCUCAUUAUAAAGUCGGCUUGAUCGUCAUGUCCUUCUCGCUGCCACGUUAGUGUCUUCUUGCCAAGGCUGUCCUUAGCGGUACCCGACAUCAAACACCUUACUGUCUCUACAAAAUGAGGUUCGCCACAUCAUCAAUAACAGCGGCUCUGCUGCUCGCCUUUGGUGAAUAUGCCAGCGCCCAGGUCCACCAGGCCGCCUACGACUACAUCGUUGCGGGCGGUGGUACUGCCGGCAUCGUUGCGGCGGAGCAGCUCACCCGCUCCGGCCGCAAGGUGCUCCUUGUCGAGCGCGGCGGCCCUGCUUUCUACGCCAACGGCAACACGGAGAAGCCUGUGGCCUGGAACAGCACUGUCACGGCCUUCGACGUCCCGGCCCUCGUCGACUCGGUCAUGGGCAGCCCCAACUCGGGCUGGUGCGACGACCUCUCCAUCCGGGCAGGCUGUGUACUUGGCGGGACGACCACCAGCAAUGGCCUGAUGUUUGUCCGCCCUCGGGCUGAAGACUUUGCCAGCUGGCCUCAGUCAUGGCACUGGGACAAUAAGAACGGUAUCGCUGCCGCGGCAGCCGAAGUAUACGAGAAGCUCCCCGGUACGAUCCUGGCGUCCCGGGACAGUGUGCGGUACGAUGACGGCGCAUUUGAUGUCGUCUCGCGGUUUCUCAGCGACAACGGUUGGAGCGAGACCAACGCUCUCGAGAACCCCGAGGCUAAAGAGCUCGUCUUCUCCCACCCGGUCUGGUCGAUUGGCAACGGCCUUCGCGACAGCCCGGCCCGCGCCAUUCUGGACGCCGCCAAAGCCCGGCCGUGCUUCUCGAUGCAGCUCAACGCCAAGAUCUUGCGCGCCGUACGGUCCGGCAAGCGCGUCACGGGUGUCGAGGUCGAGCGCGCCGACGGCAGCCGCGAGAUCAUCCCCCUUUCCAACAAGGGCUCGCUUGUCCUCGCCGCUGGCACCCACUCGACUCCUCGCGUCCUCUUCAAUUCGGGCAUCGGUCCAGCCGCGCAGAUCGAGACCGUCGCCUCGGGAAGCACAAACAUCAUCCUCCCUCCCCGCGAGCAGUGGCUCGAUCUCCCUGUGGGCGAGAACCUCCGGGACCACGCUGUCGCCAGCAUCACGCUAACCACUCGGCCCGAUGUAUCGCUGCCCGUGAUUCCUUCGACAGACAUCACGAGCCCGAUCCAGCAGAAAAUUGACCAGUUCGCCCAGGCGAGCGGCCUGCUCACCCAGGGCAGCCAGCGGCUCAACUUCUGGACCAGCGUCAACACCACCUCCGGGCUGGCCUACUCGCUGCAGGGCACCGUCCGCGCCACAAAGGAGAGCACAAUCUCCAUCAAGCUCUAUCUCACCCACGGGACCACCUCCACCGGCACGGUGGGCAUCUUACCCAACGGCACGACCACCAUGACCUCCAAGCCCCUCCUACAGACCGCGUCCGACGUCGAGGCCCUCACCGCGGGGGUCAACAUGUUCCUCGACUACACGCGGCUGCCGGGCUCGAUCCUCACCGUCCCGGACAACGUCACCGCAGAGGCGCUGCUCCAGAACAUGGCCAGCGGGAGCCACUACCUGGGCACCGCGCAGAUGGGUUUCGACGAUGGCGGCAAGACCAGCGUCGUCGACGAGAACGCCAAGGUGUGGGGUAUGGAGAACCUGUUCGUGGUGGAUGGCAGUAUUCAUCCGCAUGUGCCGACGGGCAACACCCAGGCGCCGAUCAUGGUUGUGGCGGCGUAUGCGGCCAAGCGGAUCCUGCGGUUGCACGGCGGCGGCCGGGUUUGAUGAUAGCGGAAGGAGAGC